CCGAACGGAGUACACGUGUCGUCACCCGCAACGAAAACACGACCACGAACUCGCAAAGUCGAAACGAUCAUGAGGACGAAUUAUAUAAUUUAUUUGAAUAAAUGAAUAGUGUUUUUGUAUUUUAAUAUCUGUUUAAAUAGUUUGUGUAGUGCUGUGACUUUUUUUUUUUACGAUGGCGAUAUUUUUGUGCGUAUUCCUAUGUGCCUGGGCAGGCGCCCUAGGUUUUAAUGUGGACAUCCCGUCGAGGGUAGUUUAUACUGGAAAUUAUAAAUCUAUGUUUGGAUUUACUGUGCAGUCUCAUGUUGAUGGCGAUCGAAAAAUGAUCCUAGUGGGAGCGCCUGAAGACGACCCGUUCAAGGAGUACACGGUGACGCGGCCGGGUGCCGUGUACCGCUGCCAGGCCGGCCGUCGCGGGUACCCGGCCGACACCAACAAUCCCUUCCAGGCGUGCUCAGUCAUGGAGUUUGACAAGAAUCGAUAUAAUAACUUGGACACUGCUCACCGACAGAUCGACCAGAAGUCUAACCAGUGGUUUGGAGCCACUUUGACCAGCACUGGCAGAAAUGGACCAAUUGUGGCUUGUGCACCACGGUACGUGUCGUACGUCACGGCGAAGUUGAACCAACGCGAUCCGGUGGGCGCGUGCUUCGUCGCCAAGUCUUCCGACGCUUUAGACGUCAACGAAUUCUCGCCAUGCCGAAAUUGGUUCCGUACCGUGGACGAAGCGAGCCACGGGCAGCGGAAGACGGGCGUGUGUCAAGCCGGUUUUUCCGCGGCAGUCUCAAAGGAUGGCCAAAGACUUUUCAUGGGUGCUCCAGGCAGUUUCUAUUGGCAAGGAAGAACGUUUUCCAUAGACACUAGCGCAAGGUUCACCUACUAUAUGCCGAAGGAAGGUCAGCUAAAAGUGCAAACAUUAAAUUCGAGGCCAGUAUUGCUUUCGACUCCAGAAGCUAGUCCUAAGUACGACGAUUCGUAUAUGGGAUACUCGAUAACAGUAGGUGACUUUGCCGGACAAGGGAUUCAAGGGGUUGCUGUUGGCGUACCAAGAGGUGCAGAAUUAAGAGGAUUGGUUGUUCUCUACACUUGGGAGUUGGAAAUUAUAAAGAAUAUCAGUGGUUCGCAAAUUGGUGCAUACUUCGGCUACAGUCUUGCUAGUGGAGACAUCGAUGGCGAUGGUGCGGAAGAUCUCAUUGUUGGUGCACCUAUGUUUACGAAGCCGAAGAGCGAUGGAUAUGAACAUGGAAGGAUUUACGUUAUUUACCAGGGGAAGAACAGGUUAUUCUCGAAGAACCAUGCAAGAACUGGUGAAAUAUCUAGGGGCAGAUUUGGUCUCGCAGUUACCUCUCUUGGAGAUAUUAAUUAUGAUGGAUUUGGUGAUGUAGCAGUUGGUGCACCUUACGGUGGAGAAAACGGUAAAGGCGUUGUCUAUAUCUACCACGGCAGCGAGCUCGGUAUCGGCGAGAAGUACUCCCAAGCCAUCACUGCUGAGGAGAUCAGUCCCAUUCUCACUACAUUCGGCUUCUCACUCUCUGGCGGAGUUGACUUGGACAAUAAUAACUAUACUGAUUUAGCUGUUGGAGCUUAUAAGUCUGACAGUGUGGUGUUUUUGAAAUCUCGUCCAGUAGUCAAAGUUAUGGCAGAUGUCAAGUUUAUGGGUGAAAGCAAAUUGAUCUCCCUGGACGACAAGAAAUGCCCCCUCGCGAACGGAACCCAAGUUGCGUGCGCGCAGCUUAUGUUCUGCCUGACUUAUGAUGGCGUCAACGUAGACCAGCAGAUAAAUUUCGAAGUAACCCUGGACCUGGAUUCACGGCAGAAGACCAGCAAGCGUUUGUUCCUAAUGGAGAGCAGACAAACCGUAUACACAACCCACAUCCUGCUCACACAGGGGCAGCAGGAGUGUAAGGAGAUCAUGGUGUACCUUGACGAGGAGAUACGAGACAAGCUCACCCCCAUCGAAGUGAAGAUGACGUAUGAGCUUACACAGCAAGCAGCAGGCACAUCCGUGCCGCCAGUGCUGGACCGCACGCGCAGCAUCGAGCGCACCGACUCGCUCAACAUACAGAAGAACUGCGGCCCCGACAACGUGUGCAUACCCGACCUGCAGAUGUUUGUUACCACGCCUACAGUCAAUUAUGUGCUCGGAUCAAGUGAGAACGUCCACAUUGACGUCGUUGUUAAGAACGCUGGAGAAGAUGCCUUCGAAGCGGCCUACUAUCUCCAGAUACCCGCUGGCGUUACUUACGCUAAAAUGGAUAGACUGGACAAAGAAAACGCUGAUUCCUCACCUAUAUACUGCUCCAUCAAAAACAGGGGCACCGAAAGCAAUAGCACAUUGAAAUGCGAUUUAGGAAAUCCUAUGGCAAGCGGACAAAGCGUGAACUUCCGCGUUGUAUUGGAAGUAGAUGCCCGAGUGAGGACGCUGAAUUUCGAUAUGGAAGCGAACUCCACCAACCCGGAGCAGGGCACCCAAUACGACAACACCAGGCACAUGGCCAUCGGUGUAGUGGUCAAAGCUGUAUUGUCUAUCAUUGGUACAUCAGAUCCCCCAGAACUACACUACAAUGCAUCACUCUAUGAUGCACAAAACUUGAAAGAUGAUACAAAGCUGGGACCUCAAGUUAUCCACAAGUACAAUAUCAAAAAUGAGGGACCUUUCACAGUUGAGGAAGCAGAAAUUUAUGUGAUGUGGCCUUAUCAAACUCUUACUGGCGAGAAUUUAAUGUAUAUGUUGGUUCAACCGCAAUGGCUUGGAAAUAUGGUAUGUGACGUAGCACGGCAAGUCAAUCCGGAGAAUCUAUUUGUUCAGAACCCCUACGCCUUCUUGCUUACUAAGGAAAAAGAUGCAAUGAAGAGCAACGAACUAUACACGGGAUCGCAAAUCGGCAGUGGCGGUGGAUAUUAUGGACAACAAUUUUGGGAUGAAAGGUACUCGACCAACAAUCAGUUUAACACCCAACAAGGUAGCGGUCAAGUAAAUGGUGCUCAAGGUGAAAGUUCUAGUAACGUUUAUGGAAGCGGUGGACAAUUCAGUAGUAACCAAGGAAGCGGUGGCUUAGUGACUGGGCAGACAAGUACAAUUUACUCCUCAGGUGGUCGGUACGGAUCGAGUGGAGGUCAAGUUUCCGGCGGCCAAUAUGGUACUGGCCAAGUUUCUGGAGGUCAAUAUGGUACCGGCCAAGUUGGUGGAGCUGGCCAAGGUGGCACAUAUUCAUACAACCGUACUUGGUCGAGCGGAUCAUCCGGUGAAGGUUUAACAGAAGCAGAACGGGAAGCUAUAAGGAAGAAUCUUCAAACGAUCGCAAAGCCUAACUACCAAGGAACUGGAAGAAACAUAAAUCAGGGCAGCUAUAGUCAAGGACAUGUUACCUAUACUCAAGGAGGCCAAAGUGGCUAUGGGCAAGGCGGCCAAGUUCAAGGAAGUAUAAGCCAAAACGGCCAAAAUCAAGGUAGCUAUAGCCAAGGACAAGAAGGUUACAAUGCACAAAAUACUUACAACCAAGGUGGCUAUUACCAAGGAAAUGCUCAAAGCGGUCAAGGUUAUGCCCAAGGCCAAGGGGUUGUCGGUGCUGGUGAAUUCGGAAAAGAUGGACGUGUAGUACGAGUCAAAAAUCGAACCAUUCUGUAUGAUGAGAACCAUAAUAUCAUAUCGCAAACUGAAACGAGUACGGAAUAUGGAUCAUUAGGUCACGAGGGUGAAGCGGGCAGUUCUUUUAAUGCGUAUCUGAACAAUCGAGGGGGUGCAAAUCAGAACUACGGUUCAAGUACAAAUCAAGGCCAAGGCUUUAUCCACGGAUCCUGGGGGACAACUGAAACCGUAAACCCAGAUAUCAUGAACACUGGCUCUAGUACCUUCAGAGGUGGUCCAAGCAUCACCGUAGUUGGAGACGAGGAAGAAGACAAGCUAGAAGGUUUUGGUGCUUACGCUGCACAGAGCUCAAAUAAUGAGUUUAAAUAUGGUAUUGCUGAUGUGACCAAUGCCAGGGGUGGAGCUGGUUCAGUCCAUGGUGGUGCUUACCAGGGUGCGAGUUCUCAAAGUGGGGGCUCCCAAAGUUUUCAGAGUGGAGGUUCCCAAAGUGGAGCCCGACAGGGAGGAAGUUAUAGAAGCUCGUCUGGUGGUACCUACGGCUCGACCAAUGGAGGUUAUUCUUACUCUUCCAGUUCAGGCGGCCAGAACUCUUACUCGCAAUCAGGUGGUAGCUUCAGCUCAUCAUCAGAACAUAGGCGAGAGAGCACAAGACGACGACGACAAGAUGAGGUGGAUCCCCAAUUGAAAGAGAUGUUAGAGAAAUGUCAAGAGAAAUACAAGUGUGAAGUGCUGAGGUGUAGAACUGGGCAACUCCUCAAGGGACAGGAAAUUUGGUUGGCUUUGCGGUCGAGGAUCAAUGCUUCAGUGCUUAAUGAGAUCUCCCAAGAGCGAGCAGUAAAGCUGUCCUCACUGGCAGCAGCGAGGGUGUCCCAGUUACCAAUGGUAGGCCGACCUACUGACCGAUCGUGGAAAGUCGUUGAAGCGCAUACCACUGUAACGCCGCAGCUGGAAGCGUUGGAGAGCGGCACAAUUCCCCUGUGGGUCAUCAUCCUGGCGGCCGUCGUGGGUGCCUUACUGCUGCUUUUGCUCAUCUUCGCGCUCUACAAAUGCGGAUUCUUCAAGCGCAACCGUCCAUCCGACCACGCCGAGAGACAGCCCCUGAACGGCCGCGACGAACAUCUUUGAUAUCCGACCACCGACCUGGGCCUCUCUAGCGACGCGGCCGCCACCUCGGACGCCGACGGCACCUCCGACCUCGACGCCACGUCGGACGGCGACGCCACCUCUCACGUCAACGGCACUUCUGACGUCAACGGCGAUUCUAGUUCUACUGACGCAGCGAGUGAUGUGACUAGUCAGGACUCUACUAGUAUGGACCGGUAUUAAUAUUCACACGUAAACCCGAUCUUUGACGUCGACGUCACUACUGAUAUUGACAUUACCUUUGACGCCGACGCCACCUCAGUGUAGUUAUAAAGUCAACGUCAUCUCAACUAUUUGAUCUCGUGUUAGAACAAGUGGUGACUAUUUUAAAACAUACUUUUAUCGUGUCUAUCCUUGAACAUUGAAACUGAUUUUUGAUUCAUAAACGUUAUGAAGUGUGUGCUUUGUCUUUUAUCGCGAUGUCUACACGGCUAGCAUAGGAGACAAAAAAUAUAAGUCCUAAAUAUAAUAUCUCCUAGGGAUAAGGGAUAAAAUGAACUUGUAACCUUCCACAGCAUGGCUACAGGGUAAAGGUGAAGUUUACCGCCAACGCUCGAAGAAUUGAUGAAUAUUCAGAAUAUAACAUUUUGUCCUUUUCCCGGGGAGAAAAAUGUCUCCUGCCCAUUGCAGACGUGCUGGUGGGUUUUUGCUGCAUUCGCAGUUAUCGCCGCAUACUUGCAUGAGUUGUUGAAUGUUGUCAUGUCAUAACACUGUUAGUUUCGUAAAAUGGUUCAAAAAUGUUUACAACGCCAUAUCAGUAGUAUAAUCCUUAAAUCUCACGAACGCCGUUUAGCAUUGGUUGUAGUAGUAUACUAGCUUUUAUCAUCAAGCGUCUAUUUAACAAACUUGCAUCUGACGUCAUACACAUACUCGUAGUUCCUGAGUUUACUAAAACAAAAUGCACAGCAACCUUAGCCAAACGGCAUUUGUAAGAAAUUCGUAGAUCUAUAAUAUGAGUAGUAACUAGAUGUAACUAUAUUAUAUGACCUCAGAAUAAGCUAGAAGACGUGUAGAAGGUUGGCGGCCAUCUUUUUUUUAAAUAAAUACUGGAGAUUGACUAAAGUUUAAGGUGGAGGUUCCUUGCAGCUUAUAAAAGCAAAACAUACAUGUGCACCAAACAUAAAUUAAUUAUUUUUUUUUCUAACCAAUGCUAAUAUAUGGUAUAAUUAAAGAAAAUAAUACUUUAUUAAAUAACAUUAAUGACGAUAAAGUGCAUCAAGAACAUACUCAAUUAUAAUGUUUUAGUCAAUCUUCGGUGGGUUUUAUAUUUAAAUUACUUAUAUAUUUAUAAGGAAAUUAUACAACGUGUAAAUGAAAACCAA